AUGGGUUCACCGAAACGCCACGAGGACUCCGCGUCCAGGAUGAGCUUGAAAACUUCGUUCCACCGUCACACCCGUAGUUUGAAAAAGACCGUAAUUUUUCAUAGAAUUGCGAGUGGAGGCAAGCACGUGUUUUUGUUUUACCCAGGAGUCCUGAUGGUGGAAACAAUUUCGCUGAAACUUAUGAGGAUCAUUGGUAUCUCGAUAUAUACGUGCUCCGGGGCACAAGGACCGAAUGGCUUUCCAUGUUUGCCUUUCCAUGGUCUGUCCGUGAGCCGGCAAUUCCCGGGUGUAAAUAGAGCGCUGUCGUCGACGUUUGCUGUGCUGUACUUUUAUUUACUCAACUUUCGGAACAAAUACGGGGUAUUUGAUUUCGUCGACGAGCGUAGGAUUCGGAAAUCCGAGCGUUCCAUGAGACCAGCAGAGGGUCUUCUUUUGGCGUACACAGUGACUGUACACAUCGAGCCGCAACAGGGCAAGUUACAAGCUAAACGGAAAACGGCGUAUGUGUGUCGAUGGAUCGGCUGCAAAGUCUUUGGCAGACCUUCGUAUGCAGACGGAUGGGUAUCCAGGCACGUUCUUUCGGCUCACGGACGCGCCAAGCCGUUCAUGUGUGUCUUUCCUGGCUGUUACCAAAGUUUCGGGUCAGAAAUUAACCUGAGGCGUCACGUUAACCUACACUGCGACAAUGGAAGCGGGUCUACGAAUGACGAGCGUGUUGGAGGAUCAGUUUCGACCAGUUCGAACGCGGUCGGUCGGAAAAGUGCCGAAUCUACGCCUGUAAAGAAUGGAAAGAAGAACAACCGCAAGGGGAUUCGGUACCGCAAGCGUCCGUGGUCCGCGGAAAAAUGCGACUUCUGGGAUCCCCUGAUGUCGGAGGCCUUGUCGAACCAGCUGACACGCACGGAAAGGCUAAUUUUCUCCUCAGUCCGGUCUCCGGCGGCGCAAGAAAAUGGAGAACUUGUUCAGAGUCCCUCGUUGCAUCCCGCCGUCGGUGCUUCGUUGAUGCAUCCAUUUUUCAGCCAAAAGAGCUGUAGUUCCAUCACGUUCACUGGAGAGGUGAUUGGAUCUCGGUUGCAGUCCGGAUGCAAGAUGAGUUUAGUACGCUGGAUGCCCCAUGACUUAUUACCCGACGAGUGGAUGACAGAGGCUGAAGUAGCAGAGAAAGAAUUGCUAGUCAAGACCGUGCCCGUGGGCGCCCUGUCCACGCCGGCGUUUGAGAUCUCUCAACGACUGCUGCUGGGACCAGCCGUCCAGAAACGUCUUCGACCGUCACGGAGGAAGUGACGUCGGACCCCGGGCCUCGUUCUAUGUCCAAGUGUUCCAUGUUCGAGGGGAUAAAACAAAAAAGAAGAAGAAAAAAGGGAGGCAACUCAUCGCUGCCUUGUAAUUCGUUCCUCGUUGCGCUCGCGUCCUCCCAGGUUGUAGGGCCUUACAGUGCUGUGAUCUCUUUCUCUGGCGUCUCGAUGUUUGCAUGUUGAUUGUAUGUUUCCUCGGUACGCGCCGACUAGAGUCUUCCGUCAUCCCCCCCGUAAUCGACCUGCUCGUCGUCGUCGUCAUCGUCGUUGGUGUGCUGAUGGUAGCGAUUUUUAAUUUCUUUUUUGGUAGCCUGCGAACGGCCUUGCUCCUGUUUCCAUCCACUGCCGCUAUACAAAUGAUGAUCUCGCUGGGUACUCUUCGUGUGAGUGCUGCCAGGCCACGAGAUCGACCCCCGCUUCGUUUUCGGUCUUCGCGUCUUGGCUGUGAUAGCAUUGCCGGCAACGAUUUCGUUUGGUCCAGUUUUACUUUCGCUUCGGAGAGUACCUUUCAAACAGCUGCGGCUGGAUCAAAAACUUUUUUUGUGCAGAGGAAGAAAGGGAAGGAGAGAAAGAUGUUCGAUUACAAAUCCGUUCGGAACUCGAGAAAGUUGGAUCUCUGCUUGAGGGGGAUUUCCUGGGAUUUUGCUAGAAAGAGUGAAUUUCUUUUUUGUUUUGGUUUUUUUUUUCCUCGAGGUAUUCUUGAGCCAAGUUGGGGCCCGAAUUCGCGCUGUGAUUUUAUUGAGCAGGAGUCGCGGCGGUAGAAUCGAGUCGUCGUGUGAUAAAAGCUUGGACGAAAGCAAUCUGGCCUUGACUCCUCAGGGCAAUUUUGACCUUUUUCUAUGGAAGCGAGAACACAAAGCGAGUUCUCUUAAUUUUCGCAAUAACUAUCUGUUCCUUUUAGGCAUUCAGAAAAUGCUGUCGAUGAGCCAAGAUUUCAAAACGAACCCUUUUUUUUUGUUGCGGUGCCAUAUCAUCGAAUCCCGGCAACGGCAUUACGUAAUCGUCUGCCUUCGUUUUUCCCACAAAUUUUUUCGUACCGGGGGUAUUCGUGUCAGUAUUAGAGAGAUUUGCUGGGAAAUCAUGUGGGAGUUUGAAGUUCGUAGUGAGUUUUUGUUAAUUCUAAUUGAUUGAUUUCGUGCGAUCAAAACGAAAAUGGGAUCAUCCUGCUUACGCUUUGGAUUUCCGUGCGUUUCCAAAGUACAAGGGGUUUCUUCAAGUCCUGCAAGUCGAAAACUAAUAUGUAAUGCGAACAAGGAAAACUUCGCUUUAAAAUUUUAAUUUCUUUUACUUUUAACGCAAAUUUUAUACCGUAUAACCCAUUACAAAGAUGCAAAGUUUACUUAGAUCCAGAAAUUAUGUGGGAAUCCUUUUCAUGUUUAGUGUGGACAAGCACGUACAGUAGAACAAUUUAAAUAUUUUUACAUGCUUCGGAGUAUUUUUAUGAGUGAUUCUUGAAUUUGAUCAUCAGGGAAAUUUCUGUUAACUGACCAAAUAUUCUCCCCAAAAACUUUAAAAAUUGCCUUGACAGUCCGUGGAAUGGAUAAUGUAGGGCAUGCCUUUGAGAGGUUUUUCCCAACUUUUUUAAUGUUUUCGCGACCGACAUGAAGAAGCCCA